GUAGGGAUGGUUGCCAUGGGUUUUGCGGCGCUGGCGCGAGGGAGCCGUCGGUGGCCGUUUCGGCCCUUCUUCGGGGCCGGUCUCCGCGCUCGGUCAGCGGCCGACCAAGCGCGGCCUCGCGGGCUGGUGUACGAGCGGCACGGGGAGCCGGAUCAGGUCUUACACCUGAAAGACAUAGAUCUGGCGGAGCUGGGGAAUUCUGGAGUCCAUGUGAAAAUGAUUGCAGCCCCUAUCAAUCCAUCAGACAUCAAUAUGAUUCAAGGGACGUAUGCUAUUCUUGCUGACUUGCCUGCAGUUGGUGGGAAUGAAGGAGUUGGACAAGUGAUGGAAGUUGGGAGUCAUGUGACCUCUCUGAAGCCAGGUGACUUGGUGAUCCCAGCUGAUGCAGGACUUGGAACAUGGCGAACAAAGGCAGUAUUUCGUGAGGAAACCCUGCUGAAAAUGCCACCCGAUAUCCCGUUGACCUGUGCUGCCACCAUGGGCGUCAACCCGUGCACCGCUUAUCGGAUGUUGUCUGACUUUGAGAUCUUGAAGCCAGGAGAUUCUGUCAUCCAAAAUGCAGCCAAUAGUGGAGUGGGCCAGGCUGUUAUCCAGAUCGCAGCAGCCAAGGGUAUCAAAACAAUAAAUGUGGUCAGAGAUAGAGCCAACCUCCAGGAGCUUGUAGACAGAUUGAAGUCCCUUGGAGCAGACUACGUCAUCACAGAGGAGAUGCUGAGAAAACCAGAAGUGAAAGACUUGUUUAAGGAAAUCCCGAAGCCCAUGUUAGCUUUGAAUGGCGUAGGAGGGAAAAGCGCUACUGAGUUGCUGCGUCAUUUGCAGCAUAAAGGGACCAUGGUUACCUAUGGUGGGAUGUCAAAGCAGCCUGUCACAGUCCCUGUGAGCGCACUGAUCUUUAAGGAUGUGAAGCUCCGUGGUUUCUGGAUGACCCAGUGGAAGAGGGACAACAGCCAGAGCAAGGAGAAACUGAGAGAUAUGAUUGCAGAUCUGUGCGGUCUCAUUCGUAGGGGUCAACUUGCUGCUCCAGCCUGCCAAGAGAUCCCGCUGGUUGAUUACCAAUCCGCUCUGAAGGCCUCCGUGCAACCAUACGUGUCAGCUAAGCAGAUCCUCCUCCUGUGAAGUUGGUCCAAUGGGAAAAUCAUACACAAUGGAUUCAAGUGGAGUUCAGCCCCAGCUGGCUUGAAUCCUUCCAAGACUAGAAGAGAUCUGAAACGUUUCGAUGCCCUAUCUCCUGCGGCUCCGCAUAGAGACUGCAGAGGGAGAACUGUGGGGAACAAAUGGCCCGACUUUGAAUGGAUAAAUGAGAUCACUGUCACACAAAAACGUCAUGGCAGAGAAGAGAUUUGUUUCUACACAACCAGGGAAUGUUUGAUUGAAAAAGAUGGGGUGGGAAAUAACCUCAGAAGACCUGCCUUGGGCAGUUCUGCACUCUGACCCUUCUAGACUGCUGCGGUGUGGAGCUAUGUGGGCUGAGAGAGAGUCUUGCUAGGCCAGAUGAAGCCUGGAGGCCUCAACGACUCUCCUCCUGCUCUGUAUAUAAUGCAUAGAAAAGAAGGGUUUCGAAUUGGUUAUUUAUACCAAGAUAGCUGUAACUGAAAUGAAGGCAAAUCGUAUUUGAUUGCAAACCUGUUCUUGCAGAACGAUGUAAUGGCCAUUGAAAUGCCAAUGAUUUUCAUUUCCAAUAAAAUUCUCUAGCUCUGA